AUGGUUUCGCUGUCGACUUGGUUCCGCUAUGCCGCUCACAAGUUCGAGUACUCCAUCUCCCUCUCGUGGAAGAAAUAUAAUGUGGGCCAGAUCAACAGCACGGAGCUAACUGAUGCGAUAUGGAAAAACUUCUUCCAAGGCAAGCUCACCUACACGCAUUGGACCAAAGGGGGAGAAGCCAUGGCUCCCAUCGUAUCUCCAACUGGAGGAACCCUCCUUGUCAGAAAGCUCGCAAAUUUGAGCCCCACACAAGUGUUUGUUGGGGACGUUGUCUUGUUAAAAGACCCAGAGAAAUCUGAUGAUUUAAUUAUUCGACGACUGGCUGCCCUGGAAGGCUAUGAGAUGGUCUCUAAUGAUGAGAAGGAUGAGCCGUUUGUUCUUGAGAAGGACCAAUGCUGGGUGGUGGCAGACAACCUAGCCCUUAAGCCAAAGGAAGCUAGAGAUAGCCGCUUGUUUGGACCUGUCCCAAUGACUGACAUCCUUGGCAGAGUGAUAUACUCUUUAAGAACGGCUGUUGAUCACGGUCCAGUCGAGAACAGGUUUGUUCCUGUGCUAUAUCCAUCUGUGCAUCUCAUCUCAUUUGAGACCUACACCGCGCAUAAGCUAAAUGUUUGUUCCUACUGUCUGUGCAACAGCGGCAUGGCCCUGAAACAGGAUGGCCCAGUACUCGCAGUGGAGCUUGAUGUGGAAGAGAUGGCAAAGAAUAAUAAGGCGUAG